AUGCUCGACCUCCGUCUGGGUUGGCAUCGGCGGACGGGCUAUACGCUAGCAGACGCGUUCACGCCGCUCGUCGAGGGCGUACUCGACCACACGGAGGCGGCGGUCGCUGCGCUGAUGGACGCGACCUGCGCGCGUGCGUCGCACGCGAUCGCUUCUUCCUCCUCGACGACUCCCGUCUCUCGUCACCUUCACCAGCGACGACACCACGACGCGACGACGCUCAUCGAAUUCGAUUCCGAUACGCGUCCACCGUCCCGCACGCUGGUGGACGGUCCUGAGCGAUGGCGGCGGUACAGCUCAUCGUGCGUGGCACACACGCCAGCAGGCGCGCCCUGCCGCGAGGUUCUGGGCGACGAAGCGGGUGGGGUGGAGCGUUACGAACUGCAGCACUGCGGUGCCGGCACGGCCUUCGAGCGUGUGUCGGGCACGGGCACGGAUGUUGACAUCGACGUGAAGCCCGCGACCUUGACCGAUCCCGCUCUGGUACAAAAAUCACUCCUCGACUCGACCCUGGCGGACGGGAUGUACAUCGACGUCGGCGAUGUCCUCCUGGUCCGUGUCAACGCAGACGAGUACAUGACGAUGAGCCUGGACCAGCCGAAGGCGCAUGAGGGCGUUCAACAGGCUCGCGGCGGCUGGAGAUACCUUCCUCUCGAUCAGUCCUCGAUACCACUCGCCGGGCGUGCUUUCGGAUCGCGCCUUUGCGCCGAGAACCCACGCAACUUCCUCCCCGACUCUGGCCAACUCGCCUACCUGUCCACACCGCCGCCUACUCGCAUAUUCACGGUUCCGCCGGGUGUACAUUGCAUGCCUCUGGCGGAACGCAGCUCUCCCUUCACGCCUGCCGCGAACACGUCUGUUGUCAUCGCGCCAUCACUCCGUGUCGAGCGAGGAUUCGACCAUGGCUUCUUCUAA